CUAAAACGUCUGUUCAAUAGAGCCAACCACGGAACAAACUCAAGACUCGGGAUGCGAAACGACGACAGACGGCAUAGCUUUCUUGGAUUCUAUAAUGGUUCAAACCUUCAAUUUAGACCUUGCUCAAAUAAAUCACUUGCAUUAUGAGAACUUCUUCACCUCUGCCCCGACUUUCUUCCCUGCUCUCCGACUGCAAACUAGGGCGUUUGCCCGCUUUUUCUGCGAUCUCUCUGGGUUCUUCAGCAUUACACUUUUCCUACCUCCUCAAGAUAACGUUUGUUAAUAUUCACCAAUUCCAUAUUUGCAGCGGUAAGUCAAUGUCAUUCAUUCCUGAAUCAUCCCCAAUUCACCAUUGAGACCUCCAGUAAAUUUAUUUGAAUCUAGCCGUCUUGAAUUAAUAAAAGUAGUAAAUGUGUGUGUGGAUGGAGCAUUACCAAGACGGAAUUACCAGUGUACUUAUAAAUACAUUUAUUUUGUAAAAAGCUCUAAUCUGGGGAACCUCUCCAGGAAUGGGUGGUUGGAGUUUAGGUGAAGACCUACCCUUGGUAUAGAAGUAAGGACAUUUUCACCUGGAAAAUUUUUCAGGCCUAAUUUGAUCUGUGUGUUUAAGUGUUAGUUUAAGUGUGGUCUAGUCUUUUCGGGUAAAAGUAUGAAAUAUAUUAAAUAUCUAUUAAACUAUGAUCGAAGUUUAGUAGAGUAUGAUUUAUUGAGGUCCAGAAUGAGUAGAAAAGGUCCAAGUGUGAAAUUGUUAAUUUAUGUUAGUUGAUUACUUUUGUGGUUGGUUAUGGUGAGUGAAGGAACAGAGUCAAAGUUUCAGUGGCUAAGCAAAACCACAUCAUUAUCAGAUGUCAAAAUUUACAUGGAGGAUUGAAAAUUUCUCGCGGCUGGGUGGUGGUAAGCAUUCCUCUGUGAUUUUCGUGGUAAAUGAUUUCAAAUGGAAAUUACGUUUUUGUCCACAAGGAAACUCAAAAAACAAGUUGAAUCUGUACCUCUUGCUGGUGGACUCCUCCAGCUUACCCAAGUACUGUGGUAUAGAAACAAAGUACAAACUAGCUCUUAUUAACCAGAUUGACAACAACAAAACCAUCAAGAAAGAGAGCUAUUGGGAACACAUAUUCACUCGACGUAAUUAUUUUGCCUGUUCUUCAUUUAUCCCUCUCAAAAUGUUUUACAAUAAAAGCGAAGGUUAUCUGGUUGAUGACACGUGCUUGUUUGAAGCUGAACUUUCUGUUGUCACCAAUGAUUUUGCAGUUUCCCACGAUAAUUGUGAUCAGGCUUUAGAUGUUGGCCAUCAUGUUGAAUCUGCACAUGUCGAGGCUCAGUUGUUUCUCGAGUCUCUGACCAAGAAACCAUCCAGCAGCUUCUGGGCAUCUAAUUCUCCAACACGCGAAUUGUCCCUGCUCAAAGGACAUGACACUUCUGCAACAGUAAUCCUUGACAUGCUGAUAUCAACCCCUUUUGAUAUUUUGGUUGAUCCCAGGAAUGAAACUGCAAUCUUGGAGUCUUUAUCUGCAGUCAUUAACCAGAACCUUCAUUUGUUCAGCGAUGGAGAAGCCAAAGAAAUUAUGAACUUGAAAACUACUUUCCCUCAGCUGAUGCAAGAAUGUAGAAGCUCAGUAGAAAUUAAGCGCAGAAGCGAGCAUCCCAGCUGGUCUACGUUAGAGAAGACCAGAAGUUUGCUGGAAGAUUUCGUGAAAACAGGGGAGGGAAUAAGUGCUGAAGUGGAGGAGCUUAUUAACAAAGAAAAGGAAUUGGAAGCUCAGCUGAAGGUUAUUAAAAGUAAUAGUUUACAUGUAAAGGAGGAAAGAGUAGAAGUAUCCAAACAGAUGGAGUUCCAUUGCUCACUUGCUAUGAAGCAGGCUGCUGAAAUUGAAGCCAAAGAUGCGGAGGUGGACCAGGCUAACAAAAAGCUGGAGCACAGUUUGAAGUCAAAAUGGGCUGCAACAAGACAUCUUUUUUCUUGAGUGACAUAGUGACAUAAGUCAAGGGAUUUUUUUGGAUAUCCUUUUGUUAGAGUGCUUUUGUUGAAAUCAGUUUUUCCUAAAAGGCAGUAUGGGACUAAGUACAUAGUGACAUCAGUACUUCUUUUAAAACUGGAUUACUUUGAUUGAGGAACAAAGAAGUGGUGAACACUGGACACCAUAGGGAAAGAAGAAGAAAAUAUUGGUUGUUCGAGC